CUUCCCCCUUUCAAUGGCAAUAGAUAUGCCGUCAAGACUGCAAACAAAACAAAGGCCAUAGGACCGUUUGGCUCGCUAUUCAAACCCCGGGUAGCCGGCAAGAAGUGAAUGUGGUAGUCCUCCUGCACCCGUAGACUUCUCUGCUCACAGUUCAGGGCUCCUGUAUGUUGACAGAGGACAGCAGUGUUGUCAACACACCUCCACUUUGUUGGGAGAAAUGAAUCCACGCCGAUUUAUGCUCAAGCAAGUGACUAGCUGGCUUAGGACUCAACUGAAAGAGGAAACAACGAUUGAAAGAAAGAGGACAGCGAAGCCAAAAGUUUAGGAAAUGUUGUCCACGAUGAAAGGCUGCCUUCAACAGAGUUUGUAUGAUUUCGGGUUGUGUGUUUCUGUGUUAUUCUGCCGUGAAGCAUCUGCACCAUGGAAACUGUGCAGACCUGACGACUUGUUUACCCUGGGUAUGUGCACCCAGGAACACAUUUUAUUUUUACACCAUGGAGGUACGGUGCAGAGGACUUGACGAUCCAGGUUGUCGAAAGUAAGAUUGUUUCAUGUCCAAGUGGGAACAACUUUUUUUCAGCUUUGACCCAGGAGUUUUGCUGGAGUGGAAAAUAUUUGCAGUGCUCUUGAUUUCGCCUGUGAAGGGCCGUCAGUCAACUGCACUCCACUGGAGUGGCUUCCCUUUAUUGGAUAACUGGGUUCACUUACACAGCUUGUCUCCAAUCUGGAGGAGAUUGAUUCGACUCUCGACAUUAUCCCGAGAUCAGCUGGCGCUAAAUUCCAAUUGGAAUUCCUUUCUCGCUAAGGACUGACUACAGACACCGGAACAGCUGAAUCUGUGCUCAUUAAGCAAGCACUACAUCGUCUGGCCCUGAGAGUCGCUUUCAAUUUCUCUUUCACCUCUGAAAGCUUCCUUAUGGCGGUGGCGUCGCCGAGUUUUAAUGUUGUUGGCAGUUAACCCGAGCUUGCAGGCACGCGCUGGCCUUUUAUGCUGUUCACAUGUUCAUCUGCUCUCGCUCUCAAGAUUAUUUCAAGCUACCCCAGAAUUCUCCUCGUCACCGCCCGAAAUGCACCCGAUUCAUCAGCACCGUGGCGGCUGCUUGCACCUGGUUGUUUGUAUCCGGCGAAAGGGAAUGAGACCAGGUGGACACGAGUGUCGUCGAGUCUGACUUUCUAAACGGCUACAAGGGCUCAGCCAGAGAAUGUUAUUAAAACAGAAGACAGGCCUGGGCCUGGAAAGGGGUCCCGGGGAAUCUGUAGGUGACGACUGAAGGAUCAUCUACCCCCUCACCCAUUCCUUUCAUCUUCUUCAACAAAAAGUGCUACAAGAACACUUCGUCAAAAAGGAAGAAAGACAUCUGGGGCUUUUUUUAACAACAAUUUGUGUCCUGUCUGCACAUCGCUAUUUAUGUAUUUAUUUAACAAGAUAGACUCCGCUUUCAAAAGGAGAAAGAAGAGAAAGAGUUGUGUCCUCUUUAAUAACAAGCAAAGGAAAUUAGAAGGGACACAAUUCAUUCAAAGAAUUUUUUUCACGGGACGCAACAACAAAAGGAAGCACAUUUCUCGUGUGAAUGUGAAGGCGUUGCUGCAUUCUGUUUAAUUAUUAUUUAUUAAGCCACAAUGGCCGAAAAAUUCACGAAGGACACUCCAAUGAAAGUGCAGUUUGCAUUACCUCCCUUGCCUUCUAGGUCAGUCUCAAGGACGUCGUCAACUUUAACGGAGGGGUCUCCCCCAAAGUGUUCACUUCAUAUGAAAGAAGCUCAGCGACCUCACGCUGCACACGAGAGGGCGCCACUGUCCCCGAGGCAGCCGGCUGUGACGAGAAGCUUGUCUGAGGUGAACCUGACCUCGCUGCCCAGGGGGAGCAACUUCUGCGCCAGGAAACGGACAGCCGUCAGUCGCGAUGGACGAAAGCGCCGCCUGUGGACCGAUUCCUCCGCUUCAGUUCAUACCUCUUGCCUCCUGGGGGUCGGAAGGCAUUGGGGUCACGACCUGCAGACGGCAGAGAAGGACAAGGAUGGAGGGAGAGUGGCCUUCGUCUUCGUCGACAGGAAUGGGAAGACAAACGGGGCUGCAGGUGCCGCUACUCCUGCUGUAGGUGCCGCAGUCGCAGGAAAAGACAGGCUUCCGCGGCGACACAGCGGCUUCGAGGAACACGAGUCAGAGGGGAAGGGACACGCGGUUGGUCGCUUGUACACACCACGUGACUUGAUCUCAGCUUUGGAACGAGCGGUCACGGACGUGGGUCACGCUGACCGCCGUCGCGUCAUACCGGCUUCGCGGCAAUCGCCCCCGUCCUUGACCUCGACCUCGACCUCUUCGGAAACAAGGGGUUCGCUGGACCUAGGAAAGAGGACAUCAGACUUCAGUGACAGUCUUGGUGUCGGUGUUGCUGCUGACGUCCACCACCAUUCUGACGCUGGCAAGGAGAACCAGACUCCCCGAUCGGACACCGUGGGGAAGCGAGUGCGCUUCUUGGACGUGGAUGCGGUCGUGAAAGCUCGUCUCCAUCAUCUACGUGCCACGACUUCAGCCUACGUCCGCAGACACGCAUCGUUACGUGGGGUCAGAGGUCGGCGCAACGAUCGGGUGAAGACGUCGUCGGGCUCUGCCGCGCAGAGUGAAGAGGUAGACCAGGAUGAAGCGCCACCUGUCUCACGGAUGUACCGGAAGUUCCGGAUGGUUGGGCUGAUCGUGAUGAAGCUGGUGCGCUUGAAAGCCGCCAUCGCUGUGAACAGCCAGGAUCGCACCGUCCGCUCGGCGGCGGAAAUACAGUGGCGCACCCUGUACGGCCAACACGAGGCUGAGAAGCUGGCCUUCAACAAAUCUUACUUCUCCAGAGAAAGGGUGUCAACAAAGAUGCCGAACUGGGCGCUGAUGAUUUUGUACCUGACUCCGGAGGAGCGCACGGAGCACGACUGCCGCCGCCUGCACGCGCUUUUUCGGGGCAUGCGUGGUUUCCUCAAAUUCACAGAAAGGAUCCAGCUGUCUCUGUGCCGUGCCUUCGAAUAUGAAUGUGUGGGCGAAGGUCGCAUAGUUCUACGACGAGGUCACGUGGGCCACAACUUCUACUUCAUCUACUCUGGCUCUGUCUUCGUCAAUGUGCAGGAUAUCGACAGCGAGGGCCAGCCCUUCAUUAAGACGGAGGCGGUGCUCGGGAUGGGGGAUUCCUUCGGGGAGCUGGCCCUGCUGCAGGACAUCCGGCGUACAGCCACCAUCUCAGUGCGGGAGACAUGUGAGCUGCUGGUGGUGGAAAAGGAAGUCUUCGCCAGGGUGUGUCCACAGAUAUUUGACCAGGAGCUUGUCGAGAAGCAAGCGUUUGUCAGUCGGAUGCCCUUGUUCUGCAGCACUUGGUGGAGUCCAGACUCAGUCCGUCAGCUGUGUAUGGAAGCUCAGAUACAAGAGUACAAGAUCAACAAGAUCGUUGUAGAAGACAACUCGAGAGAAGAGUGGUUGUACAUCUGCAUGGAGGGUCAAUGUCAGGUCAUACGGUGUCUCACACUGGGGGCAGAAGAGGAUGACCCCCUCCCAUGCCCGGAAAGAGAGUCGGUAGUCCUGUCAGAGGAGAUUCUGGAACUGCUAAUGAAGCCAAAACAUUCCGAAUCGUCAACUAUGAGUACAAAUGAACAGGACGAAGACAGCAAGGAAAAAAUGCUUUCAUCGCUGAGGCUGGAGUAUGUCAAAACUGGAAAGCGACGAAGUAUAUUCAUCGAAGAAGUCGAAGAUGAAGAACGACGGAAGGUCAAAGUUGCAACUUCCGGACCAGCGACUUUGACCUCGCUGAUUGCACAGCAGCAGAAAGCACGUGACAGUCGCCAGGUGUUUCUACACGUGGACGUGCUGAACUGUGGAGGAGUGUUUGACAUGGGAUCGCUGAUAAAGGCGCCACUGAAGAAGAAAACAAGUAAGCUUCUUCUCGUGAGUUCUGGGGCGCGCAUGUUUCGAGUAAAAAAAGCCACCUUCUUCAGGCUUGCCUCCACGGAAGCCAUUGAACAUACUCGGACACUUCUUAGCCAGCAACGAACGCCAUCAGAAGCCGAGCUCUUGGAUUCCUACAAACAGAAGAUGUCGUGGGAUGAGUACAAAUCAGGCGUCGUGCAUGAGGUCAUCUUGUCACGUGAUCUUCGCCUUGCUCCUCAGUUUCGAAGCAACCAUAGUAAACCACACACCUCUCUCGAGACAAAUUCAAAACGGGAGCAGAAAAGAGCGUCAAGUCGCUUGAUUACCGCCCUACAUCACUUCACAGACGUGGAGAGACGAAAUGAACUGGCCAGACAGAGCUUUUCAGUUGACGACACAAGCGACAACAGCGGGCUCGCUACGACGGACGGCGAACGUAGAAAAAUAUUCCCUGUUGAAGAAGUCGAUGAAGAAACAGAGCAGUCUGACGAUGAAACAGAAGGUUUUAGCACUGCAGUCCAAACCCGCAAAUCUUCCAUUGUAGCAGAUGACAACCGUUCUCCUCGUCCUGUAGCCACGCGACGCCCGAGUACCGUCGUUGUGCGCAGACGAUCGUCACUAGGCAACGGCGGUCAACCAAUCAUUUCCUCCGAAUCGUCGUCUGUCGCCAUUCGCCAGCAGCCAUUGCGUCCCGAAGGUCAGCUGCUACCACCAACUCUUGUCGUGGUGGAAGAAUGAAGCAUGAAGAAGCAAAAUUCUCAGUGACAAAUACAAGAACCAGGAACCCAAACGAAUCUGGCAGCAGCUUGAUGAUUUAGCUUGUAUGUUCGCAGAUUGUAUAAUCAUAAUGGCUGCGUCAUUCCUGGAGUCCCUCCUAUCCACUGCAUUAUAGAUCUCAAGAUAAAUACAACCCAUUCCAUACAACGAAGGUCGUUAUCUAUUACACAUUAACCACGGUACCAUCGUCUCCCGGGUAAUCUGCCCGCAAGCUCUUCUAGCUGUGAUUUUAAUAUCAAAUUUCGAUCUACUGCUUCGUCUGAGUUAAAAUGAGUAAUUGCCAUGCAUGACGAAAUAGUAAAACACCUGUACUCUUGCGCCUAAUGUUCCUUUGAUGGCCCUUCAAAACUUGUUGCGAUUAACAGCUCAUUUUGGGCAAUUAAAGGGAUUGGGAUGGAAGGGGCUAAGCGAAUCAACGGCAGAUGAACAGUACCAAGUUUUUCUGUGUAUCCGCUCAGUCUACUAACUGUGGAACAGAGCAAACCACGAACUUGUAUACAUGGGCGUAAUCAAACGGCUCUGGGAGUGGGAUUUGCGUUACAGGAGAAAAGCAUGCCGCUUGGAGGAAAUUUUUUAAAGUUACCACAAAAGCUUGCUCCCCUCUCCUCUCUCUCUCAUCAGUACACUCUCAAAUUAUUAUUAUAUAGUGAACUUGUAUAGCGGGUCUAUUGACAGACUCAUGGCGCUUUAUGAAAAAAAAAAAUUAUAAAGUUGUCCAAGUUAGAGCAGCACGUGUACAUGGCAAUAGGUACUGCAUAGCAGAUUUUUUUCUUUCGUUAUAGGAACCACCACAAACUUCAAAAAAAUAAACAUACUCUGGAGUAACAACCAACCAAACUAAGUCAAUUAUUAGAAUUAUAGACAAAAGAAAAUAUUCCUUCAAAAUUUGGUGAUCGGACAGUGUGGAUUUGCAUUAACAAUAAUAAUCGAUAAUAAAACAGUAGAACAAGGAGCUAUCAACAUUGAACAAAUUGUAGUCUGGCUUAGAUCUACAAUUUUUUUUAUAAUGUAACAGUUCUCUUAUUUUUUAAAGACUGUACUAAAAUAUGUUUGAGAAAAUUUAUGAUAAAUAUUGUGUAUAUAGAUA